AUGCCCUUCAGACGCAGCGUACGAGAUGUGCCACAGGUGUUGUCGAAGACCCAGCUACCCAUGCUACAGCUCCCUGAUACCAUGAGAAACAAUCUCGUUGCGGUAGCAGGCGAAUUCGUCGGCACCUUUCUCUUCCUUUUCUUUUCCUUUGCCGGAACCCAAGUCUCUAAUACACCCAAGCCGGCUGAUGGAUCCCCUCCUAACACGUCCAACCUUCUCUACUCGGCUCUAUGCUUUGGGUUUGCCUUGACAGCGAACGUUUGGGCUUUCUUCCGUGUGACCGGUGGCCUGUUCAACCCUGCUGUAACCCUGGCACUGUUUCUCGUCGGAGGAAUGUCACCGCUUCGAACUUUACUUGUGUUCCCUACACAACUCAUUGCCGGCAUUGCUGCGGCCGGUGUUGUAGGAUGCCUGUUUCCUGGCCCCGCGAACUUCGGCACAAGACUCGGGGGAGGAGCGUCGAUAUCUCAGGGUUUGUUUAUCGAGAUGUUCCUCACGGCACAGCUCGUCUUUGUCAUUAUCAUGUUGGCUGUGGUCAAGCACAAAUCCACCUUUCUUGCCCCCGUUGGAAUCGGUUUAACGUUCUUCGUGACGCAGCUGGUUGGUGACUACUAUACCGGGGGCUCCCUGAACCCAGCUCGUUCCCUCGGUCCCGAUGUUAUCAACACCGACUUCCCCGGCUACCACUGGAUCUAUUGGGUCGGCCCGCUCCUCGGCUCGUUGCUGGCGUCCAGUUUCUACGCCUUCCUGCGGUUAUUCCAGUAUCAAACCGUCAAUCCAGGACAGGAUGCUGAUGAUGUCGAGAAGAAUGGUGCAGUGGCGAAUGGUACCGAGAAUCCUACCAGUAGCCACUCUAGGGUCAUGUCUGAUACAAGCACUCUCGUUCAUCCGAUGACGCCGGUCACACCGAUGACACCUUGA